AUGUCUCUACAUAUAGGUAUCUGUCAAGCACGGUGUCAGUCUCCACAACCGGACGGCGCCGUGCUCGUUAGACUUUUUCCAGUACAUGCCCCGUUGCGUUGUUGCACUGAGGACGAACACCAAGCUGUCUCUUCGCAGAUCGGUUCGAGACUUAUGAACGACAGAAGCGUAUCGACACGCUUACAACGCAACCAACAAGAUGAGUCCGUGCAAUCGAAGUCCGUGCAAUCGAAGUGUCGCGCACCUUGA